CGUUAGGCCUCUUGGUGCGUUUGGGCCCCGCUGCCCACCCUCCCCUAGCGGAGCGGUCCCCUCAGGCGUGUGGCGGGUUUGGGGGCAGCGCGGGGCGGGCUCGGGUUGAGCCCGCGCUGUGUCCGCAGUGCUGCAGCGCCAUGGCCUCAGCGAUGGGCGACGGGCACCGCCGCUUCCUGCAGGCGCUGAUGUCGCACGGGAUCGUGGAGGGGUCGGAGGCGAGGAGGCUGCAUAGGCGCUGCUGCGAAGUGCACAAAGUCUACUACGCUCAUGAUAAAUUGGAUGACUUCAUCAAUGUUAUAAACACCCGUCUGCAGCCUCUGUUUAUGCAGAUCCGGAAAGGAAUAUCUGAAGACGAUGGGAGAACCUAUUACGCGCUGGUUAAUCUGGCAGAAACUGAAAUAACUAAAAUGGCAUCUGACUAUGCAGAAAAUGAGUUGGAAUUGUUCAGAAAAACUAUGGAUCUGAUUAUCUGCUCAGAAAAUGGCUUUGCAUCUUCCACAGACAUUCUGAACCUUGUUGACCAACUUGAAACAAAGAAAAUGAAGAAAAAGGAAGCAGAGCAAGUGCUGAAAAACUUGGUGCAAGAUAAGUGGCUUUCUCAGAGAGAAGGGGAGUACACUUUGCACACUCGCUGCAUAAUGGAGAUGGAGCAAUACAUACUUAACAACUACAGAGACGUGGCAAAAAAGUGUAACAUCUGUCACAGCCUUGCUAUUCAGAGUCAAGCGUGUAAAAGCUGUGGACUUGGAAUGCAUUUACCUUGUGCUGGAAAAUAUUUCAAAGCUCAGACUGAGCCACGCUGUCCCAAAUGUAAUAAUUUCUGGCCUCAUGAAAUUCCAGAGAUAAAUUGCACAGAUUCCCACCUGCCCUCCAACUCCCCUGGGGAGAGGAGGAGAGCCUCAUCCUCAGGAACAAGGCGGCGUUAGAAAGAGCAGCUAUUGUUUUAGCAAAAAGAUGUCAUUCUGCAAGCAGGAAUACCUGUGGGACAAAGGCAGCUGCUGCUUUAUAGAUUUUGUUCUGUAAAAAAACCUUGCCAGAGUUUGAAAAUAAAACUUCCACUUUGGCCUCCCUG